UCCCAUCUCACAGCACCUCACAGGUCUCUUCCCCCGGGCAGUGCAUUGCUGGAGCGAGGAGAAGCUCACGCACGAAUCAGCUGCAGGUCCCUGUUUUGAAAAGCAGAGAUACAGAGACAGAGGAAAAGGGUGGACUCCUAUGUGACCUGUUCUUAGAGCAAGACAAUCACCAUCUGAAUUCCAGAAGCCCUGUUCAUGGUUGGGGAUAUUUUUUCGACUGCAUGGAAUCAGAAAGAAGCAAAAGGAUGGGAAAUGCCUGCAUUCCCCUGAAAAGAAUUGCUUAUUGCCUAUGUCUCUUAUCUGCGCUUUUGCUGACUGAGGGGAAGAAACCAGCGAAGCCAAAAUGCCCUGCUGUGUGUACUUGUACCAAAGAUAAUGCUUUAUGUGAGAAUGCCAGAUCCAUUCCACGCACCGUUCCUCCUGAUGUUAUCUCACUAUCCUUUGUGAGAUCUGGUUUUACUGAAAUCUCAGAGGGGAGUUUUUUAUUCACACCAUCGCUGCAGCUCUUGUUAUUCACAUCGAACUCCUUUGAUGUGAUCAGUGACGAUGCUUUUAUUGGUCUUCCACAUCUAGAAUAUUUAUUCAUAGAAAACAACAAUAUCAAGUCCAUUUCAAGACACACUUUCCGGGGACUCAAGUCAUUAAUUCAUCUGAGCCUCGCAAACAACAAUCUCCAGACACUCCCUAAAGAUAUUUUCAAAGGCCUGGAUUCUUUAACAAAUGUGGAUCUGAGGGGGAAUUCCUUUAACUGCGACUGUAAACUCAAAUGGCUGGUAGAAUGGCUCAGCCACACCAAUGCAACUGUUGAAGACAUCUACUGUGAAGGCCCUGCAGAAUACAAGAAGCGCAAAAUCAAUAGUCUCUCUUCCAAGGACUUUGAUUGUAUCAUUACAGAAUUUGCAAAGUCUCAAGACCUGCCUUAUCAAUCUCUGUCCAUAGACACUUUUUCUUAUCUGAACGAUGAGUAUGUAGUCAUCGCCCAGCCUUUUACUGGAAAAUGCAUUUUCCUUGAAUGGGACCACGUAGAAAAGACUUUCCGGAAUUAUGACAACAUUACAGGCACUUCCACUGUAGUGUGCAAGCCUAUAGUCAUUGACACUCAGCUCUAUGUUAUUGUGGCCCAGCUGUUUGGUGGCUCUCACAUCUAUAAGCGGGACAGUUUUGCAAAUAAAUUCAUAAAAAUCCAGGAUAUUGAAAUUCUCAAAAUUCGAAAACCCAAUGACAUUGAAACAUUCAAGAUUGAAAACAACUGGUAUUUUGUCGUUGCUGACAGUUCAAAAGCCGGGUUUACUACUAUUUACAAAUGGAACGGAAACGGAUUCUAUUCCCAUCAAUCCUUACACGCGUGGUACAGGGACACUGAUGUGGAAUAUCUGGAAAUCGUCAGAACACCGCAGACACUCAGAACGCCUCAUUUAAUCCUGUCCAGUAGUUCCCAGCGUCCCGUAAUUUAUCAGUGGAACAAAGCAACACAAUUAUUCACUAAUCAGACUGACAUUCCCAACAUGGAGGAUGUGUAUGCUGUAAAGCACUUCUCAGUGAAAGGUGACGUGUACAUUUGCUUGACAAGGUUCAUUGGCGAUUCUAAAGUCAUGAAAUGGGGAGGCGCCUCGUUCCAAGAUAUUCAGAGGAUGCCAUCGCGAGGAUCUAUGGUAUUCCAGCCUCUUCAGAUAAAUAGUUACCAAUAUGCAAUUCUUGGGAGCGAUUACUCCUUUACUCAAGUAUAUAACUGGGAUGCAGAAAAAGCCAAAUUUGUGAAAUUUCAGGAAUUAAAUGUUCAGGCACCACGAUCCUUCACGCACGUGGCCAUUAAUAAGCGUAAUUUUCUCUUUGCUUCCAGUUUUAAGGGAAAUACACAGAUUUACAAACACGUCAUAGUUGACUUAAGCGCAUGAGACACCAAAUUCCGUGGCUGCCAUCAGAAACUUUCUACAGUAUAUGACCCAGAUGAACUCAAUGCAUGAUGACUCUUAUCACACUUGCAAAUGAAUGCCUUUCAAACAUUGAGACUGCUAGAACUAAGCACUCCCAGUAUCUCCAUCCUUAACCGUCCAGUCUAGGGGUGUGGGAAGUUACCUUCUAUAAGACGAAAUUCAAUUGUGUAACUGUUCUUUGCAGUGAAGAUGUGUAAAUAAGCGUUUAAUGGUAUCUGUUACUCCAAAAAGAAAUACCAAUAUGUACUUUUCCAUUUAUUUAUUCAUGUGUUCAGAAACAACUGCCAAAUAAAAUGUUUACAUUUUCUUUCAUA